AUGGCCAAACUGUCUCAAGAACAAACUCAAAAAAACAAUGCAAGUAAUAACAAUAACCUUAAUGCAACUAACACCAAAGUGAAAAGAACAAGGAGAAGUGUCCCGAGGGAUUCUCCAAUUCAACGCAGCUCAAUAUAUAGAGGAGUCACUAGGCAUAGAUGGACCGGGCGAUACGAAGCUCAUUUAUGGGACAAGAAUAGUUGGAAUGAAUCGCAAAACAAGAAAGGACGACAAGUCUACCUCGGUGCUUAUGAUGAUGAAGAGACUGCUGCACAUGCUUAUGAUCUAGCUGCAUUGAAAUAUUGGGGCCGAGAUACUAUUCUUAACUUUCCGUUAUGUAGUUACGAGAAUCAAUUGCGAGAAAUGGAGGAUCAAUCAAGGGAGGAGUAUAUUGGAUCAUUAAGGAGGAAAAGCAGUGGUUUUUCUCGCGGAGUUUCUAAAUAUAGAGGCGUGGCAAGACACCAUCAUAAUGGAAGGUGGGAGGCUCGUAUUGGGAGGGUUUUUGGCAACAAAUAUCUUUAUCUUGGAACAUAUGCUACACAAGAAGAAGCAGCCACAGCAUACGAUAUGGCAGCUAUUGAAUAUCGUGGACUCAAUGCUGUCACCAAUUUCGACCUCAGCCGUUAUAUUAAGUGGCUAAAGCCUAAUCACAAUGAUAACAAUAACAAACUUGUUCAUAAUUCAAGUAAUAACACAAUCUCUGACACCAAAUUCAUCCCAAACAUGAUGAUGACUAAUCAAAAUGAGUCAUUAGGAGGAGAAGAAGAAGAACUAGUACAGCCUCGGCCAGCUGGCACGACGUCGGCAUUAGGUCUUUUGCUUCAAUCAUCAAAGUUUAAGGAGAUGAUGGAAAUGACAAAUGCUGCUGAUUUGUCAACACCAGAAAACUCAUACACAUUUCCUGAUCACAUGCAGACAUACUUUGAGUCUUCCACUGAAUAUGGGGAUGAUUUAUUCAAUGUGCCCUCUUUAUUCCCUUCUCAUGAUGACUUUGAUCACGGCUUCAAGGUCUAG